CGAAUCUUUUAUGUUUGUGACAACAGAUCAUCGAUAGAAAACAACAAUCCUAACAUUAAUAAGAAUCCCAUCUCCUCCUACUCCUAUGUCUUUGUCUCUUGUCUCUGCGAUCUAAUGGGGACGGUGGAGCAAACUGCUGCCGACACCCACAAGGUGAAGAAUCCAGAAGUCGUUCUCUCCAUUUCAAACAGCGCCCUUAUCGAAGAAAUCCAACCCAUUUCCAUUUCCACAACUCCAGAAGAAAAUCUCACCCGUAGAAGAACAACAUCCACACUCACUCGCUCUUCAAAUUCAAAGCCCAACUCCAGAUUGCUAGAGCCAACAUUCGACACACAUUCCAUUAAUGACAACAAAGGUGAUUUGAUCAAGAAUGUCCCCAUUUCAUCCAAACCAGAGGAAGAGGAAGAUGACGAUGAAGAUGUUUACAAGACUGCCAACAUUAAAGUAAGCGAAAGAUCUCGUAAGAAGCUGAAAGCAACGGUUUUAAUCGAAUGGACAUUGUUCAUCUGCAUAAUGGGUAUUCUUGUUUCAAGUUUAACCAUUCACAAACUGAAAAGCUGUAUGUUAUGGGCAUUAGAGAUAUGGAAAUGGUGUGUUUUGGUUUUGGUGUUUUUCUGUGGAGGAUUAUUUACUGAAUGGUUCAUAAACUUGAUAGUUUUCUUAUUAGAAAGGAAUUUCCUUCUUAAAAGAAAAGUUCUUUAUUUCGUAUUCGCAUUGAAGAAGAGUGUUCGCGUUUCUAUAUGGUUGUCUCUGAUUCUUAUCGCUUGGACCCUUUUGAUUAAUCGCGGCGUAAAGAGACCCAAAAACACAACCCGGAUUCUGAAUUACAUAACUAGGGCUCUUGUGUCGUGUCUAAUCGGUGCAGGUUUAUGGAUGGUUAAGACGUUCUUGCUAAAGUUAUUAGCUUCAUCGUUUCAUGUCAGUAGAUUUUUCGAUAGGAUUCAAGAAUCGAUCUUUCAUCAGUAUGUUCUUCAAACGCUUUCUGGGUUUCCGCUGGUUGAAUACGAGGAUUUGGAAUUAGUUGGCAAGAGUGAUUCGAAAAGGAGUAAUAGUAAUAGUAAUAGUAACAGUAACAGUUCUAGGUUGAGUUUUAGGAAACAAACGAAGAAGAAUCAAAUUGAGAAAGAAGAAGUGAUUGAUGUUGAAAAGCUUCAUAAGAUGAAGCAAGAUAAGAUCUCUGCUUGGACAAUGAGAGGUUUGAUUGAAGUUAUAAGUGGGUCCCGUUUGACUACACUGUCAAGUGUCCUUGAUCGGAGCAUUGACGGAGACGACGACGAUGAUCAUGGUCAGGCCGCCGGCGCCGGAGCCGGACAAAAGGAGAUUACAAGUGAAGUUCAAGCCAAAGCUGCUGCCAUUCGGAUAUUCAAAAACGUAGCUAAGCCUCAUUCCAAGCAUAUUGAAGAGGAGGAUUUAUUGCGGUUCAUGAAAAAAGAUGACGUGGAUAAUGUUCUUCAUUUGUUCGAUGGAGCUAUAGGAAAUGGCAAGAUUCCAAAAUCAUCCUGGAAGGCUUGGGUGGUGAAUGUAUACAACGAGCGGAAAUCGCUGGCUCAUUCUUUAAAAGACACAAAAACAGCGAUCGAGGAGCUGAAUAAAAUAGUAUCGGCUCUUCUUUUAGUUGUCAUAAUGAUCGUAUGGUUGCUUUUGAUGGGUUUAUUAACCACGAAUGUGCUCGUCUUCAUCUCUUCUCAACUCUUGCUUGUUGUGUUUAUAUUUGGAAAUACUUGUAAGAUGGUUUUCGAAGCGAUCAUUUUUGUCUUCGUGAUGCAUCCGUUUGAUAUUGGUGAUCGUUGCGUUAUUGAUGGAGUACAGAUGGUGGUAGAAGAGAUGAAUAUUUUGACAACGGUGUUCUUGAGAUAUGACAAUGAGAAAAUAUUCUAUCCAAACUCGAUUUUGGCUACGAAACCAAUUAGCAAUUUCUAUAGAAGCCCCGAGAUGGGUGACUGCGUCGAGUUUUGCAUUGAUGUUUCAACUUCGGUUGAGAAUAUUUUGGCUCUUAAGGCAAAGAUAAAAUGGUAUUUGGAGAGCAAACCGAAAUAUUGGCGUCCUGAACACAACGUUCAAGUAAAGGAUAUUGAGAACAUAAACAAGAUGAAGAUGGCUCUUUAUGUUACACACACCAUUAACUUCCAAAAUUUCGCGGAGAAGAGCAACCGAAGAUCCGAAUUGAUGUUUGAGAUAAAGAAAGCAUUUGAAGAACUUAAUAUCAAGUAUAAUCUUCUUCCUCAACAAGUUUACCUUCAAUAUUCUUCCCCUAAUUCAACUAUCAUUUCUCAUUGAAACCUAAAUCAUCAAAGAUUCCAGACAUCACGAUGUUUCCUAUUCUAUAGAUUAAUAAUACAUUUCUUAUUUCUUAAAA